AUGUUCUUCUCCCAACAACCGGUGCAUCUCGCUCGUGCGGAGGAGCUGAGACAAGAACCUCCUAAGGGCAUUCCUUAUGCUAUCGCAUUGCCUGGUACUGAAAAGCCGGGACGGAGUAAAGUCUACCGCGCCCACAAUACUCAAAAGGAGCUUGUGAAGUCACUUGAUCCGAAGGUCCUUACUUCACAUGAUGCGUUCGAGUCGACCGCAAAUCGUGUUCCAAAAAAUCAUUGCCUUGGGUGGCGCCCGUACAACCCAGCAACUAAGACCUACGGCCCAUAUCAAUGGAUAGAUUAUCAGACUGUUCAAAAACGGCGGGCUGACUUUGGUGCUGGUUUGGUGGAAUUGCAUCUGAAACAUGACUGCCACCACCCGGGCCAAUAUGGCAUUGGGCUGUGGUGUCAAAAUCGUCCGGAAUGGCAGAUUACUGAUCUUGCAUGCAUGUCUCAAGGCCUCUAUUCCGUUUCUAUCUACGAUGUCCUUGCAUCAGAUGCCACCGAAUACAUUAUCAACCAUGCAGAACUUCACUGCGUGGUCACCUCGUUGCCACACAUCCCAACUUUGCUCAAACUGAAGCCUCUCUUGCCGAAGCUAAAGAUUAUUGUCAGUUUGGAUCCUUUGGACGCUGGCGAACCAGCUGGUCAUUCGAAACGAGCCCUCCUUGAGUCAGUAGCUUCUGGACAUGAUGUCUCGAUCUAUACGAUAGAUCAGGUUGAGGAGUUGGGCGCCUCCGCGCAACGGCCUUGUAACCCUCCCCUGCCUUCUGAUAUCGUCACCAUCAACUAUACUUCCGGUACCACCGGUCCUCCCAAGGGCGUAGUCUUGACGCACGAAAAUGCUGUGGCGGCAACUUCGGCGGCCCUCGUUAUCACCAAACAAUCUCUUGGCGACACAAUGGCCUCUUAUCUUCCACUAGCCCAUAUUUACGCUCGUUUGGCGGAACAUGCGGCUUUCUGGUCGGGUGCUCGGAUCGGGUACUUCCAUGGAAACAUUAUAGAGUUGGUCGACGACCUCAAAGUUCUGAAACCAACAGGUUUCAUGUCUGUCCCUCGCCUGUAUAGUCGCUUCGGAAGUGCAAUUCGCGCUUCAACAACCGAGCAGGCAGGCUUCAAGGGUGCUCUGUCGAGACAUGUCGUAGCAGCGAAGACCGCAAAUCUGAAGAACCCUGACCCCUCCAAGGCUACCAUAAACCACGCUUUCUAUGACCGAAUCUGGGCGAAGAAAGUUGCAGCCGCCCUUGGCUUGGAGCGUGCUAAUAUAAUGGUUUCUGGCUCUGCACCGCUUGACCCUUCGCUGCACGAUUUUCUGCGAGUCGCUCUGGGGGUAGACUUUUCGCAGGGCUACGGCCUUACUGAGACGUAUGCCAUGGCUUGUGCCCAAUCCCCCAAGGACCUCACGUCUGGAAACUGUGGGCGCCUUGCUCCCUGCACUGAGGCCUGUUUGGCUUCCCUGCCCGACAUGGAAUAUUCGGUUGAUGACAAACCGCAUCCUCGCGGCGAGUUGCUUCUGCGAGGCCCCAACGUUUUCAGCGAAUAUUUCAAGAACCCGGAUGAGACAGCCAAGGCGAUCACGGAAGAUGGGUGGUUCCGGACCGGCGAUGUAUGCACCAUCGAUGAAAAGGGUCGCAUCGUUAUCAUUGACCGUCGAAAGAAUGUUCUGAAACUGGCUCAGGGAGAGUACAUCUCACCGGAACGACUUGAGGGCAUCUUCCUGUCUGAAUUGGGUUAUUUUGCCCAAGGAUAUGUCCACGGCGAAAGCAUUCAGACGUUUUUGGUGGGUAUAUUUGGUGUCCAACCAGAUUUGUUUUCCGCAUUUGCCAGUAAGGUGCUGGGACGAGUCGUCAGCGAGGCUGAUAUUAAAUCGGUCCUGGAUAAUGAGAAGAUCCGGAAGACGGUGUUGGAAGAUCUUGAGCGAGUUGCAAAGAAGCACAAACUUGCAGGGUAUGAAAGGGUUAAGAACUGUGCCUUGAUGGUAGAACCAUUCACCGUUGAGAACAAUCUGUUAACGCCAACUCUCAAGCUGAAGCGUCCUCCAGUUGCAAAACAGUACCGUGCACUAUUGGAUGACCUGUACACCCAAGCUACAGCAGCGGAAUCUCCCACUCCUAAGGCCAAGCUAUAA